AUGGAGCCAAGUGAUCCUAGACUCGUGGAUCUAUGGCCAAAAGGGUCUCAUUCCCAGGAGCAAGAAGCUGUGAUUUUGUCCCGCCGGCUUCAACAGACUGCAAUGGUUUGUCUCGUACAAGAUCAAUUUUUUAUCCGACAUAAACUCAGUACAUUCGAGGCUUUGCUGAUGGUGAUAUAUAACCUUUCUCACAACGAGUCUGUGGAUCAAGGAUGGGCCUUGUUGGGCAUGGCCUUGAACGUCGGCAUAGCCCUACGGUGCAAUGUUGACUCCCUGGGACUUGAUCACCUUGAGACUGAGAGACGCCGACGCUGCUGGGUUGGCAUAUUGACGCUACAUACCUAUCAAGCCAUUCUCUUUCGGGAUAUCGACAUGUCUUUCCUUCUUGAUAUAAAAACCACAAUGCCGGCAGAUGUCAAUGACAACGACAUUACCAAAGAGGGGAUCUCGCAGCCAUCAAGUAAGCCCACGCAGAUGUCCGUGAUGAUGUUUAAAGUUCGGCUCUUCCGGAUCUCCACUCAGAUCUGUCACCACAUAUCUAGUCCCUCGCGACUUGAGGCAGAGUCAUUGGAUAAAUUUGAUGCGAUAAUCGCCGAGGAACAACAGAGAUGGGACUCGACCUAUUUGGUCGAUGGUGCCCCAAACAUAUUGGAUUCCAGUUAUGCCUAUUGGUGCAUUCUACAAGCCUAUGCACAUCAACUCUACCUUCUUCUACAUCGGCCCUUUCGCCAUUCUCAGUCACCAUGCUUCCUUGCAACAUCGAGAGAGAGGUGUAUAGCUUCCAGUGCCGCCUUGAUUGGCAUCCAUCGUCAGAUCUACGAAAUCCCAAUACUUCGACCUUAUCUAUGGUUGCUUAGAGGCGUAACAAGCUUGAAGGUGCUUCACGCUGCUGUGGCACUCAACUCAUGCCUUUUGGAUAUGCGAUCGCCUUUUGAGUCAGGCUCGUACCGGGAAGAGUUAACCAAACUCGUGCUUCGAAUGAAAAGUCUUUCUCGUCGAAGUGCAAUAUGUUUGAAAGCAUAUCGCAUACUUCUUCAAUUACAACCUCAGUUCAGUGCAGAAAACCAACCACUAUCGAAUUCCGGAACGCCAUUCGAGAGCACAAUUGAAGACUGGACUGAUAUGCGGGAAUGGUUUGGGGCUGAUCUGUUCAACUGGGUAAAACUAUGGAAUCUGUGA